AAGUGUGCAGAAGGAUAGCCGUUGGCCUAAUUCCGCCCGAGCCGACGGCAUUUCUGAAGCUGCUGCUUCGUUUACUCCGCCAAACACUCCCUUAUUUUGAUGCACGCUCUUCUCCACCACCACAACCACCGCUUCCCCCUUCAUCUCAUUCACUUUACUCCUCCCUCCGCCGCAAUGAGUUCCGCAAUCACGCUACCCUCGAUUUCUCUCUCCAAAUCCGCCUUUUCCGACCCCAAUUCCUUCAGGAGCUCCGUCUCUCUGAGGUUUAGAAAUGAGACUAGGAGGAUUUCGCGGUCGAAUUUGGGGAAAUAUAGGGUUUUCAUGAGCGUCGCCGUCGGAUCGGAUGCGGCGGUCGUUGAUGACACACUGUUCAAGGACUACACGCCUUCUACUGCUUUCCUCUUCCCCGGCCAGGGUGCGCAAGCCGUUGGAAUGGGGUUGGAAGCUCAAAAGGUGCCUGCUGCAGCUGAAUUGUACAAGAAAGCUAAUGAUAUUUUAGGGUUCGACCUUUUGGAUAUUUGCAUUAGUGGACCAAAAGAGAAACUUGAUUCCACCGUCUUAAGCCAGCCGGCUAUCUAUGUUACAAGUUUAGCUGCAGUUGAGGUGCUUCUAGCUAGUGAUGGAGGUCAGCAAAUAAUUGACUCUGUUGACGUCACAUGUGGUCUAAGCUUAGGAGAAUACACGGCCCUUGCAUUUGCUGGAGCAUUCAGCUUUGAAGAUGGGCUUAAGCUAGUGAAAUUAAGGGGUGAGGCAAUGCAGGAUGCUGCUGAUGCUGCUCAAAGUGCCAUGGUUAGUAUUAUUGGACUAGACUCUGAUAAAGUGCAGGCACUCUGUGAUGCUGCGAACGAAGAUGUAGAUGAAGCAAAUAAAGUUCAAAUUGCAAACUUCUUGUGCACUGGAAACUAUGCUGUCUCUGGAGGCCUUAAAGGAAUUGAAGCAGUUGAAGCAAAGGCAAAAGCAUUUAAAGCUCGAAUGACUGUCCGGUUAGCAGUUGCUGGAGCUUUCCACACAGGUUUCAUGGAGCCUGCCGUAUCAAGAUUAGAAGCCGCUUUGGCAUCGACUGUAAUCAGAAAACCCAGAAUACCAGUCAUAUCCAAUGUUGACGCAGAACCACAUGCAGACCCAGAGACGAUCAAGAAAAUACUUGCUCGCCAGGUGACUUCUCCUGUCCAAUGGGAGACAACCGUGAAGACAUUGUUGAGCAGAGGCUUGAAAAAAGGCUAUGAAUUAGGACCCGGAAAGGUCAUUGCUGGCAUUGUGAAAAGGAUGGACAGAGGUGCUAACAUUGAGAACAUUGGUGCCUAAUCAUAAUAUCCCAUGCUACUUCUUCAAGCCGAUUUUUGCCAAAAUCUCUCUGCGUAUACGAACAAGACUUCGUACAGCAGAUAGGAUCUUGAAGACCAACGUUGUGAUUUCAGAGACCCAACCAGAUUUAUCUAUAGUUUCAAAUUUGAAAAAUUAGCUAAAAGCAAUAGACGGUACUGAUAUUUUGAAAUUCAUGACAGCUAUUUGAGCUUGAUUAUCUGUGGAUGAUUAACUUUACCCUUUUUCAUUAUUGGCAAUUUUUGGCACAAGUUUUUAUU